AUGCCCAAGAAAGGUGGAAAGGGAAAGAAGGGCAAGGGUAAGGGCGGUGGUGGCACAGCGAAGAAUGCACCCUCCGUCCAAGAGCCUGUGACUCCCGGCCACCAAGUGGAAGAUAUCGUCAAGGGCGAAGGCGAAGGUGAAACCACCGAAAGCAUCGCCCCCGGUACUGCUACUCAUGUACCCUCCGCUGCCCCGCCUCAGGCCGCCGAGACAGUCGCCACGAGCACAGGAGCAGAGGGCACGUCAGCCGCGGAGACCCCUGAAAUUGGCGAUUCAUCUAACGAGGAAUUAGACGAGCUUAGGGGCCCCGGCACCGCCAAGAGGUUCUCGUUGGCGGAGCACCCGGGUGACGCAAAGGGGCGCAUGCCGUCUUCCUUGCCCGAUAAAGGAGAAGCAGCCGAAUCCGAAGCGAACGAGAACACCCUGCAGGGUGCUGUCGGCACUGCAGGUGAUGGCGAGGGACAAGGCGUAUUGCCUGAUACGGUCGCCAAAGAAUCCCAGUUGACGGCUCCUACGACGGCCCCCGAGACCACCAUUCCCGAAGCGACUGCUACCGAGGCCGCCGCUCCCGUACCCGUCAUCACAGACGCCAACGCUCCAGUGUCGGAAGCGCCGGCGGAAACAGCACUGCCCGAGAGACUCAAGGAGAAGGAAACUGCUGCGGCCGAACCGACAGCCACAUCUCCGUCCGACAGUGCGGACUUGACUGGCCAUCCAAAGCGCCCAUACGAGAGCAGCCUCUUCCACAAGGACGAGGACCACAAGCCUCCCAAGAUGGCCAAGGUCGAGGACUCCGAAGCCGCCGCCCCUGCCGCCGCAGAAACCAAGGCUGCGGACUUGCAAACCGAGGUGCCAAGCAAGUCGACGGUGGAACCCCUGGUUGUCCCGGGGCUUGGUGCCGAAUCCACAGGCCUACCUGUCUCCGAUGCUGAAAUUCCUCAGAAGGUCGAGCCCGCAGAAGCUGUUGCCCCGACCACCGCUCCUUCGGCCGCCCAGGCUGCUGCUUCCACCACGUCCCCUGUCGUUCCGGCCGCAGUUGCUGCCGCAGGCGCAGGAAGCGAAGCCGACGCGGAGGCCAGACAGAAGCAGGAGGCUAAAGAGAGCAUCCAAGCUUUCACCAGCGAGGGACAGGUUUCCGCGGCCAAGGAGCCCCAGCAAGAGUCUGAGGAGACGGCCAAGGAAAAGGCUCAGGAGACCGCGCCCGUCAAGACGACCCCGGAUACUCCUACAAAGGCCAAACCCAACGUCGCUACCGCUGCCGCCGCCGCCGCCAUGAGAGGAAAGUCGGCUGCUUCCCCGGCACCUGCCACCGAAGGCGCCGAUAAAACUGAAGCUGAGCCCAAGGAGAGUCAGCCCGAGACUCAGGGUCAAAUCCCCGCCGAGACUCCACGGGGAGAAGAGGCGACUGCAGAGGAGACCCAGCAGCCAGAGACCACCGGCGCUAAGCAGUCGCACGAGGAGGCCCAAAUGGCCGUCGACAAAGCUCAAGAGGCAGCUAAAGCCGAGGCCGCCAAGGCGGACAAGCGCAAGAGUGGGUUCUGGUCAUGGAUCAAGCGCAAGGUCAAGGGGACUUAA